AUGGAGAACUUCCUCCGAUCUAAAGAAACGUGGAACUUGGUCGAGGAUGGAGUGGUUGUUGGUCCACAAAAUCGGGAGCCAACUAAUGAGGAGGCAAAAACAGUUGCAGAGCAGCAGCUGAAGGACAAAAAGACUGAGUUUGAGAUAUUGAAGAUGAAAAAUGGAGAAUUUGUCAAUGCAUACUUUGUACGAGCUCUCUCCAUAGAAAAGCAGAUGAAAGCCUGUGGAGAGAUAGUGAAAGAAAACAAUAUUACUGAAAAAAAUCUUCUUAUCCAUGAGCAAAGAAUGAAGGGUUCAAAUGAGGAGGAACAGGCACUGAAGGUGACACACGAGGAGCGUUAUGAAAGAAGCAUAGGCAAAGGCAUAAUAAGAGAUCGAGGAAGAGGUCGAGGCGGGCAAUUUGCGAGUAGGGUUGCGGUGGAAUGCUACAUGUGUCAUAAUUUGGGACACUAUCAGUAUGAGUCUCCAACCUGGGAGAAAAGAGCGAAUUAUGUUGAGUUUAACGAAGAGGAAGAGAUGUUGAUGAUGGCACAGGUGGAUUCUCAUCGAAACAAGAAAAAAAGAGUAUGGUUUCUUGAUCCCGGAUGCUCAAAUCAUAUGUCCAAAAAUAAGGAAUGGUUCAUACAACUACAUGAAAGCUUCAAGUACUCAAUCAAGCUUGGAAAUAAAUCAAAGCUGGAAGUAAUGGGAAAGGGAAACAUCAUAUUGAAGUUCGGAGAAAGCACUCAAAUUGUAAGUGAAGUAUUUUUUAUUCUUGAACUAUGCAAUAACUUACUGAGUAUUGGGCCGCUCCAAGAUCGAGGCAUCACAAUUGUAAUUAAGCAUGAAGUUUGCAAGUUAUAUCAUCCGAGUAGGGGAUGCAUAAGGUUUGGUCACUUGAGCUAUAAGAAUCUUGUGUUGCUGCAUAACAAGAAUUUUGUUCGAGGGAUUCCAAAAUUGAAUGCUUCGUAA